AUGGUGCUUGAUUUGGACCUGUUUCGAACCGACAAAGGUGGCGAUCCAGAACUCGUCCGUGAGGUUCAAAGGAAGCGGUUUAAAGAUGUCACGCUCGUCGACAAGUUGGUCGCUGCGGAUACAGAAUGGAGAAAGUGCCGCUUCACUGCAGACAACCUCAACAAAGCAAAAAACCUGUGCAGCAAGAGUAUUGGAGAGAAAAUGAAGAGGAAGGAACCGAUUGGGGCGGAUGAGACUAUCCCAGAAGCAGCACAGAAUCUGGAGGCGCUUACCGCUGACACUCUUUCGGGCCUAACAGUGACACAGAUCAAGAAGGUGCGGGUGCUUGUGGAUGAGGCCAUGGUGAAAACUGACAGUGAGCGGUUGAAGCUAGAGGCAGAACGCUUCUCAUACUUGAGGGAGAUUGGCAACCUUCUCCACCCGUCAGUACCCAUCAGCAACGAUGAGGAUGCUGAUAACAAGGUGGAACGUACAUGGGGUGACUGCAGCGUCCAGAAGAAGUACUCCCAUGUUGACCUGGUGGUCAUGAUUGACGGCUUUGAGGGGGAGAAAGGAGCCGUUGUGGCUGGCAGUAGAGGCUACUUUUUGAAGGGUCCACUAGUGUUCCUGGAACAGGCUCUAAUCAACUAUGCUAUGAGGAUCCUGUACAACAAGAACUACACCAUGUUGUACACACCUUUUUUUAUGAGGAAAGAAGUCAUGCAGGAAGUCGCACAGCUCAGCCAGUUUGAUGAAGAGCUCUACAAGGUUAUCGGUAAGAGCAGCGAGCGAGCAGACGACAACUCCAUUGACGAGAAGUACCUAAUUGCUACUUCUGAGCAGCCCAUUGCAGCAUUUCUUAGGGAAGAGUGGCUCAAGCCCGAGGACCUGCCCAUACGCUUUGGUGGUUUCUCUACCUGCUUCAGACAGGAAGUGGGCUCGCAUGGCCGAGACACACGUGGCAUCUUCAGGGUGCACCAGUUUGAAAAGAUUGAGCAGUUUGUCUACGCCUCGCCACACGACGGUAAAUCUUGGGAGAUGUUCGACGAAAUGAUCGGGACCGCAGAAGACUUUUACCAGUCUCUUGGUAUUCCUUAUCGCAUCGUCAACAUCGUGUCAGGUGCACUCAAUCAUGCCGCCAGUAAAAAGCUGGAUCUGGAGGCCUGGUUCCCGGGCUCUGGUGCUUUCCGGGAGCUGGUCUCCUGCUCUAACUGCACGGACUACCAAGCAAGACGCUUGCGUAUCCGCUACGGGCAGACCAAGAAGAUGAUGGACAAGGCAGAGUUUGUUCACAUGCUUAAUGCCACAAUGUGUGCCACUACACGAGUGAUGUGUGCCAUCUUGGAGAAUUUCCAAACAGAAGAGGGCAUCAUAAUUCCAGAGAAGCUCAGGGAAUUCAUGCCUCCUGGCAUGAACGAGAUCAUCAAGUUUGUCAAGCCAGCGCCCAUCGACCAGGAGAUGUCCAAAAAGGCAAAGAAACAGAAGAAUAAACAGGCAGGAGAUCAGAACCUCAACGACACCAUGGAGGCGAUGUCGGUUAAUGACUCCUAG